AUGGCAUCUGAGGUCGGCCUUUCGGACCUGCCAGAGAAGGUACCCAUGCUGAACGGCAACGUCGUCUGCUGCGCUGUCACACUCGCGUGUCCCGUCUAUGGCUUCUUGGACCAGACACAGUCCGAUCAUCAACUCCAGAAUUUCCGAACUAAGGAGACAAGCCCUGGCAAGAGCUCAAGCAUCGCCAACCACAAGUUUACGUCGGUCGUCCUUGCGACCUAUGACAAGGCCCUCUUUGCCUUCUGCAACACCACGGCCAAUCUCAGCAAUACCACAGACAUCUCCAACUGCACCCCCGACAUUCCCGACAAUACAACGUCGGUUCGAACCUUCUUCUACACCCGUCAGUCUAGAAACGCCCCACGGUCGUGUGAGAUGGUUUACACACAACUUGAAAUUGCUCUUUCCAUAUUCGCCGCUGCUCUAGUUGCACUGAAGCCGUUGUUUCAAAAUGCCACCGGUCAUGGCACCUCCGCGUCAACGGGUAAUGCAAAAGCGAACCAAGCGUUUGAAUUGCCCGCCAGAUACGCGUCUGGCCGGAGUGAUCAGGGUAACCGUUACGCAGGCAGCCAGGAGUUGAUUUUGCCGCCAAAAUGA